AUGAUGACCAACAUGCUCAACAAGCUGCAUGGCCAGCCGGACAGCUAUGAUCGCAAAUCCCGAUAUCGCUUUGGCAAGACUUUGGGCGCUGGAACCUAUGGUAUUGUCAGGGAAGCCGACUGCCCCGAGGGCAAGGUGGCCGUGAAGAUCAUCUUGAAGAAAAAUGUUCGCGGCAACGAGCAGAUGGUGUACGAUGAGUUGGAGAUGUUACAGCGCAUGAAGCAUCCACACAUUGUCAAAUUCCACGAUUGGUUCGAGUCUAGGGACAAGUACUACAUUGUGACCCAAUUGGCGACUGGUGGAGAGUUGUUCGAUCGCAUUUGCGAAAAGGGCAAGUUUACGGAAAAGGACGCUGCCGAAACGAUUCGACAGGUACUGGACGCCGUCAACUACCUCCACCAGAACAAUGUUGUCCACAGAGAUCUCAAACCAGAAAACCUCCUCUACCUCACACGCGAUCCGAACUCGUCCCUUGUCCUGGCCGAUUUCGGUAUUGCCAAGAUGCUCGACUCCAAGACCGAAGUUCUGACUACAAUGGCUGGCUCCUUUGGAUACGCAGCACCUGAAGUUAUGCUCAAGAAGGGUCAUGGCAAACCAGUAGAUAUGUGGUCUUUGGGAGUCAUCACCUACACUCUCCUAUGUGGAUACUCACCAUUUCGGUCAGAGAACCUUGCAGAUUUGAUUGAGGAGUGCAAGAACGGCCGCGUCAUCUUCCAUGAACGUUACUGGAAAGACGUAAGCCCCGAAGCCAAGGAGUUCAUCAAGAAGCUCCUGGAGCCAAACCCAGACAAACGACCCAGUAGCGAGGAAGCACUCAAGCACGUAUGGCUCAGUGGAAGCACCGCCAGCGACCGCGACUUGCUACCAGAGAUCAAGGCAUACGUUGCAAAGGCACGUCUCAAGCGUGGCAUCGAGCUUGUCAAGCUUGCCAACCGCAUCGAAGCGCUCAAGAUGCAGGAAGACGAAGAAGAUACCCCCCCAGGAGAAGCAGACGUGCCAGCCAACUCUCGGCAAGCUGCCGGCGAAGCAAUUGCAGCACACUCUACUGAGAAGGGCUUGCCUACCAACGAGGAUGCCAAUGCUGCUUCUGGUUCUAGCAAGGGACCUGGGCGUUUGAGCCGGCUUGCCAAGGGAGCCAUCUUCCGAGAGAUCGUGCUGGCCAAAGUGCGGGAGAUGAAAGAGCAAGAAGCCCAGAAAGAGUUCGAGAGGAAGGCUUCAGAAUCAUCGAAGAAGGGUUAA